GGGUUGUUUGUGCAGCCUCUGUGGCGGUGACCCGCAGUGAUUCGGCCGCUGCGCCGGGGGGUGGGGGGGCUGCGCGGGACUCUUUUCUUUCAGACGGAUCGCGGGGCAGCUGUGGAGCAUGUCGACCCCCGCCCGGAGGAGGCUUAUGCGGGAUUUCAAGCGAUUGCAAGAGGACCCACCUGUGGGUGUCAGUGGCGCACCAUCUGAAAACAACAUCAUGCAGUGGAAUGCAGUUAUAUUUGGACCAGAGGGGACACCCUUUGAAGAUGGUACUUUUAAACUAGUAAUAGAAUUUUCUGAAGAAUACCCAAAUAAACCGCCAACUGUUAGGUUUUUAUCCAAAAUGUUUCAUCCAAAUGUGUAUGCUGAUGGUAGCAUAUGUUUAGAUAUCCUUCAGAAUCGAUGGAGUCCAACAUAUGAUGUAUCUUCUAUUUUAACGUCAAUUCAGUCUCUGCUGGAUGAACCCAAUCCAAACAGUCCAGCCAAUAGCCAGGCAGCACAACUUUAUCAGGAAAACAAACGAGAGUAUGAGAAAAGAGUUUCAGCCAUUGUUGAACAAAGCUGGAAUGAUUCAUAAUAGACAACUGGUCUGUUAAUCUUUUUCAUCAUUGUCGUGUAUAAUUUACCUCUCAGUAGAAAGGCUAACAAAUUUUAAGUGCCACAGGUUUUACGGAUUCUGCAGAAAGAAAAAAAAAAGUCCUUCAGUUUAGAACCUACAAAAGCUUGUGUAUCUUGAUUAAUGUACUUUUUAUUGCAUGGUGUGAACUAAGUUAUUGCUUACAUAAAUUUGUAAUAUAUCCUGUUUGUAUUUUUUUCCAAGUGUAUAAUGUUGGUGUGGAGUUUUCAUGACAGAAUAUACACAUUUUGUAAAUCUGUACUUUUUUCAAAUAUUGAAUGCCUUAUUUUUGAAUUCUUUAGAUUUUUAAAUUGGAGAAAAGCACUUACAGUUUUUUAUAUAUGAAUAUUACAUGUAAAGCUGUUAAAAUACAUAACUUCAGUGCAAGAGACUUUGUCACUUAUUUCCUUAUCUUUGUAGGAGGGGUUAAUAAGUCUCUAGCUCUCCAUCAAUUGAUAGUUUCAUUUCCAGUUUCAAAAGAACAGAUUUAUAUUUUACCAAGAAAUUCUUCAAAUUUGAUUCUGAACAUCAAUGGUAAUAUCAAACUUUAUUUUGAACACACCUAUAUUAGUUUCAGUUGAGCAAUUUUAUAGACAUAAGUGGUUUGAUUCUGUCCAGCUCUGUACUUAAGCCACUUGUUACUGUUUCUUCAUGCUCUACUUCGUGUUAAACUGUACCUUGUGUGAUUUCACGAUUUUCACCUCUAUGAUGAGGAAUUAGCACCUUUACUUUGAGGAGAGACCUGAUGCAACUUAUUUUGCUGCUUGAAUAACACUUUAAAAGAUUUUUUGAUAACGAAGAAAGUAAAACCAUAAACAUUUACCAAAAAUCCAUGCCCCACUAUUAGCAAUGAAUAAGAAUUAGUUGCAUUGGGCGAGCAAGGCAUAUAUUUGGAAGGAAUCUUGGUAUAGUUUAAAUAUUUGAAAACUGCCUUUUAACGCAAUUGCUUCUCUGUUUAUUCUGGGGGAAAAAAAUGUUUUAAUACCAGGGCCUGCUGAGUUGCUUUCUCUUGUGGAGAAUUUUUUUUUUUUUAAUCUCCUAAGUUGUAUAAAAGUUGUACUUGCAUCUUAGUUUACUGGAUAAAUUUAAAACACAGUAUUGUAGAAAGCUAAUACAAAGCUAUCCUAUGCCUUCAAGUAGUAUAGAAAAUGGAAAAUAAUACAAGUAAAUUCUGUUGAAUCACCUGUGUAGUCUUUCUAGUAGUUAAAAUAGCUAUUUCAGUAAUCCCAAGAGUUUCUUGUCAUGUUCAUACUAGCUUAGUUAAGCUAAGAGCUGCUUCUUUAUUGAAAGACAACUCCAAUAUGGCAAUAUCUACAGCUUCUGUUAACCAAAGUUUAACACUGGAAGGAUAAGUGCUGAUGGUUCCCUUUAAAAGUUACUAGUUGGCAAUUUGGGGAGUAGAUGUAUGGUUUAUUUGGAUAUUGCUUCAAAGUUUGUUUUUAUCCUUAAUCCAUUUUCCUUUCUGUAUUUAAAACUGAAACAUUUCAAGUAUUGAUAGACAAUUAUAGGGGAAAUACAUCUUAUUUUGCGAGGAGUCAACUGUAUCUCCUAAGUUCAAUACUCAGACCUAGUCACAUUGCCUUUGGAGAAAAAUCUUUGGAACAUUCUCUGAAUUACUCCUCAGUUUUUUUCCUUCAGCUUUGGAAGAGAUUCCAGUUUCUUUGGUUGAGUACCAGAUGUAAAGCUUCAAUUUACAAGGUUAUGUCAUGAAAAAUACUUACUUUUAAACUCUACACAAAUUUUAUAAAUCAUAUGGCAAGAAGCUAGAACUAAGUUAUUUACUUAGGUAUGAAGGUAGAUUCAGUUUAAAUGCAUUUGUAACAGAAGUCCUGUUGUGUAACAGUACUUCUAACAUAGCGCUCUGCGAAAGGCACUUAUUCUAAGUACUUACAGCAUUUCAAACUCACAGUAAUCCCAUAGGUAGGUUAUUACAGAUGAGCAAACUAGGUACAAAGAGAUUUACCUUUUUCCUAGUAUAAAGUCUGGAUGUACAUAUAUGGGAACACUUUCAGGUCUCUACUAUGAAGGUCUCUGACUUAUCACUAGACCAAAAUUUUUCCCCUUAGAAAUAUCCUUGAGUCUGUAUACCCGCACCCCACAAAAAAUAAGUUCUGUGAACACAAUUUGGAGAGCUGAUCUAAACAUUUUUACUCAUAUAGGUGGGAGCAGUGGGUGGCUACUUAAGUUAAUAGUCUUGCGCUUAGUAAAUAAGGUACCUGUCUACUUAGUUUACUCACUUAGUAGUACUCUUAUAAGAGAGAACCCUGGGGCUCAAAGCACAAUUUAGAGCUACAUUUAAGGUAUUUUGAUCUCAAUUCUCCCAAGUUUUAAGAGACCAAAUUUUUAGUUCCUGGUAGUGCUUAUUACAGUUCCUUUUUGUUACAUUCAGCAAUGCAAAGUCCCAAAGGAAUAUGUUGUGUGAGGAUUAUGUAUGUUAAUAGAAAAAUCAAUGGUUGGAAAGCUAUUAAAGGUCAGUAAAAUUGUGCAUAGGAUGGGCUUUCUGCCAAGAUGUGCCCUCUUCAGUUCCCAUUUAGUUAGGAAACACCUGAGCUGCUGUCAGAUAAGGGGAAAGAGUUGUUAUCUUCAGUUAUUCUAGUAUAUGAGAAAGCAAAGAUACCAGAAACAAAAUCUUGAAUUGACCUUUUUCCUCUGUUCUUUCAAAAAGAAUACAGCAUUACGUGCUAUUCUUUCAGUAAUUCCUCCCCACCAUCACUACAGCUUUUUCAAACAAUUUUGUUAGUAAUGUCUUGUUUUUACAUUUUCCUAUUCAUAGCAUAGAGUAGGGCUUUUUUUUAGUUAUGCCAAAAGGAUGAAUGAGCCCUUUACAAACCUGGUUUGGUAUGUGACUGUCAGUAACUUUAGCUCCUUGCUGGUUGAAUCAAGAACCCUGGAAGGAAGGGGGCUCCAAGCUUCCUCUGGCAUAUGGAAGAUUCAGACUUGGGUGAGAAUCCUGCAUGGUCUUUCAGCUCUUAUCAUUGAGCCCUAAAGCUUGGCCACGUAAUGCUCCUGUUUAUCAUUGACUUCUGGAAUGAUAUGUUUGGGAAGACUCUAGAACAGAAUAUAGAGUAUAUUCUCCUGAGCAAAGCAAAUAACCUUUUCCAUGGUAUGAUGAUUGAUUUGGUUACAAGAAUGAUGUUUCUGUAGUCUGGAGGAGGUGAGCUGGUAUCAGGUCUUACCUGGAAGACUAGGAUCCUCAAAGUGGCACUGGGUUGUAGAGGGGACCAGAGUGUAUCUGAAAGGAACUUCUCAGGCUCCAUCAAUCUGAACCAUUUAGUUGUCCUUCGUCCUGGAAUGCAGGAGGGGUUCUGUGGUGUCUUGAAAGCUGCCAAAAUGCAGCAAAGACCACUUAAGACAGACCUCUGAAGCCCAAAGGAUACACUUGCCCUGUUCCCUUCCCCCUUUCCAACAAGGCCUUUUGCCCAUCAGCUUAUUUGGACUGGUGGCAUUCCUGAGCAAGACAGUGUCACCUGCAGAGUGGCUUGUUCCUCUUUGGCUGGCCUCUGUGUAACAUCUUUUUAGAGUGAUUUGGGAGAUUCAGUGUUUCUGUGUUGGUGCUGGUACAAAGAUAACAAGAAAUAGGAACCCUCUUGGCCUGAUAACCAUCCUGGGCAGAGAAUAGGGAAGAAUCGAAGCCCAUGUCAUUGGCUUUAGCUAAAGGCUAGAAAAGCUAAUUUAGUAACUUUGCUAUGCUGUCGUGGGCUCCUAGUUAUAGGCAUGGGCACUUACGUGCCCUUAUGGUUGUGGUUUCAGGUAGUGACUCCCUGGAACAUCAUCAGCUGGGAAAGACAGUGUGGAUCCCAAGGGUGGUGGGGUACAGGGGUCUGUUACAAGCCAGAGGGAUCAGUGUAGACUGUACUGGGACCUGGUGUUGGUGAGGUUGAUGAAUCCAUCUGUUCAGGAAAGUUCUCCCUGGCUUUUUUAGUCCCUAACAUGUCGGUUCUUUGACAGGGAUUAGGUGUUCUUUUACAGAGACGCUUGAGACCACAGUCACCAUGGCAACUUCUGAAUGCCAAGUCUGAGAGAGCCGGCUAUAAGAGCAACAUAAGUACCAAAGGUUGGAACUUAAAGCCAAAAACGGAACUGCUUUCCUGACAGCCUGUGGCAGUAUAUGGACAGACCUGGGCAAGAGGCCAGUAGGCCAACGGAUCUCCAGGGUCUAAGGUCCAAAUUCUCUGGGGACAGUUCUUAAUCAGUUUUGGAGUUUUUUAAUACAAGUAACACAUAGUCAUAAAUAAUUUCGUAAACAGGUAGAAGGAAGUAUGAGUCAUAGUCUCGCCACCUGAAAAGUUGAAAACAGCUGGUUUAGCUCUGCCCAGGUGGCUGGGUUCAUUGGAACGGUGCCCUGAGCACCAAAAAAAAGGUUGCAGGUUCUGUUCCUGCUCAGGACACGUGCUUAGGUUGUAGGUUCAAUCCCCAGUCAGGGUGCACAUGCAAGGCAGCCAAUCAAUGCUUCUCUCUCCCUUUCUCUAAAAUCAAUGGACAUAUCCUUAGGUGAUGAUUAAAACAAAACUAGUUUAAGGCUAAGGGGGACUGCAGAUUUCAGAUACUCUGAACUAGACUGUUAACCAGUCUGGGUAACAGGCCUGUGGGUGAGGCCUACAGUUCACACCCAGAGUGGUAAAGAAUCUAGUCAGUUUACAGGGUUAGACUCCAGGGCAAGCCUUCUGCCAGUAAGCUGGCGUGUACGGCGAAGACCAUGUUCACGGAAAGGAACACCUACGGUGUGCAAGCCCCAGCCAAGUGGUGCAGGGGUACCAAGGCACCUAGUGGAGGAAGGACUGCAGUGGGCACACGGAGCUCUGGGCAAGGCUGCCUCCUCCUCUCCGGAGGUUUGGCUUCUGCCCCCAUCUCCAGAACAGUUUGACAUUUGAUUGGUGCUGCAUUGUUCAGUGCCUGCCGCUCUUCACUGUUAACACAGCAGUAGUUCCUAAUGGGUGACGGCAAGUCACAUGUGAGGCCCUGCUCCACAACUUGAAUGGAAAAGGCACACACUUUGACAGCCCUGGGAAUGGAGCCUGGUCUGGUGGGGUGAUUGUAGGUGCUCAUUUUUCUUUCAUGUAAAUUUAAGUUGGUUGAAACAUUUCAUACCUUCUCAGCUUGGCCUCAAAGGGAAAGUAGGUUAGAAAUGAAGCUCUGAUAGUUCACUAAGUACCAGGUACUUCCACAGACAGUUUUUCUAUUAAAUCCUCCAGCAAAGAUGAAAAUAACAUCAUCCUCACUUUGCAGAUCCCUACCCUGAGGUGAAGUAACUCAGGAAGAAAUGGCUACCAGUUCACAUUUACUAGGUUAAGUCAAACAUUCCUUAUAGAAGAAAAUGUCAAAGGAAAAGGAAAAUAACUGCCCUAAGAGGAUGAGAUUUUGGUGCUCGCUUCAUGUCAAAGCACGGGUGUUAGGCCUAUACAGUUCAAGGUUGACCUUACUCCACUAAACCAGGCGGGUAUAAAGACUUGCCUCAGGUCUGUAACAGCAUUUUUGUUCCUCUCAAACAAAUACGUUGGAGGGCCAUAGUCAAGAUAUAUUUGGUUCAUUAACCUACUUUUCCUAGGCAGGGAGAGCUGGGACUUGGACUGCAACUAUCAGGGUUAUAUUUUAGAGGGGCACCCUUUUUUGACAACACUGUUAGAAAAAAAGCUCUGGUUCAUAUGGUCGAGAACAGGUAAGAAUGAGCUCCAUCUAAUGGGAGCUUAACAGUCCCAGUUUUUUACUCUCUGAUUCCCAGGGGCAUCUGUUUGGAUGAUGUUACUCCACCUCAUCAGCUGGUCCUCUUGUCCAGAGACAGGGCUUCAAGCCCACCUCCAUGAGUGGCAGGAACACAUGCAAAGGACUCUGCCCUUACUGCUAGCAUAAGAAAACCCAAACCAAAAAGGGCAGCCAGCACUGCCACCUCUAGCCCUGGAGUCAUAACUUGGAAGGGACAGAGUAACCUUUGUUUGCUUUUCAAGUAAAUAAAUAAGCAUUGUUGCCUGCUACUGUUGGUUUUAAUGAAAAGCAAGCCAUGUGAUACUGUUUCUCCCCCAAAGAUUUUGUGUAUUUGUGUGUUUAAGUUCAAAAACUCUUGUCUCUCAAGAUUUGUGUUUACUCUUAUUCUACAGAACCAAAAGGUGUCCCUACACUGGUCCUGUGACUAGGUGACAAACCUCAGACCCAGAAGUUGACACACUCCAUCCAGACAUAGGGUCUCCAGCAGAGACUAGAGCUGGGCAGCAGGGAAACACUAACUUACCUGACAUACGGGGUAAUAGAAGUCUCAUUUCAGAGAGAACCCUGUAUUUGCGUGGCCGUUUACUACAGAGCAAAGUAUCAGGCAGUGGCAGUGCCAUCCCUCCCAGGGCUGGUGGAAUGGGGAACCACAGAUCCAAGUGGAUCCCAGAAAAAUUCAGAGGGCAUCCUUUCCCUUGCAAGGGAGAGGAUUGAUCAGGUGGGCCACAGAGUCUAAGGAAUGAUUGAAAAGACAAAUUUUUGACUAACAUGAAAGGACAUCACUGUUAACUAAGCACCGUAAACUGUACUGUUAGUAUUGAUUCUUGCUUCUCAAGCAAGGUAUUAAGACUUAACGUCUUUAAUAGAAAAACCCAUUUCUAGUCAUACUUGACCAUGUUCCCUCCUGAGAUGUCACUUGACUCCCACUCGUCCUGGGCGGGACUGUGUAAAUGAAGUGGCCAGUAUCUUGUAGCUUGUAUCUGGUGUGAGCUCCUGUUGGAAAGCUAAGAGUGGGGGCCAUUUUACCUGCACCACCAGGAGUGCUGCAAUGCAAAAAAUGAGAUUUCUAUUCCAGAAAAACAGGAUGAAAUUAUACUAGUUGCUUUUAUGGGUAAGAUAGCCAUAGAGAUUGUAAAGAUAAGAUGAGGGGAAAAAAGAAUCUGCUUAAACUGAGGAAAUAAUGAAAGGAAACCCAUUAGAAAAUGGUAUCAGAAAAUCUGAUUUUGGUUAAUUAGAGGAGUCUUCAAAAAUAAACUGAAGGAGAUGGUGGGGGUAAUUAGUCAGUUCACAGUUUAAGCUUGCUGUAUGUGAGGAUACAUUCCUGACAGGAUAUUAUUAAUUUAUUGGGACAUUAUAUCUACAGAGAAAAUAGAAUCAAUCAUGAGAAACUUAAGGAAAAUGCAUUUUUAAAAGUGAAUAACCACACUGAUUUUUCCACUUUAUCAUUAGUUUUUUUUAAGCCUCACAGAUCUGUACAGAUAAUCAGAAUGGAAAGAGGCUAGGUUACACUGGAGGAAAAGAAGAGGCUAAGGCUCUUAAAGCAUGUGCUUGGCCCAGUAACAUCUUAACCCUCGCCGUAGCUCUUGGGGGUAGAUGCUUUCAUAACCACCUAUUUUCAGGUGAGAUGGGGAGAGAAGUGGCUUGUCCAAGGUCAUAGAUUAGAGAUCCUGAUUCUUCCCUUGGUCCACCCCAGUGGCCACUACAGAUUAGAGCUAAAAGCUGCCCAGAGAUGAGGCCGGUCUGAGGUGUGCAGCCUGGCCUUAGCCUUGAGCCAUGGGCAAGGCAUCCCACUUCUCUGCCCCAGACACCAUGCUCCCGCUGCCAGCUUUCCUCUUUAGCACUGGGUUUACCUGUAGGUUAAGCUAAAGCAGGAUCCACUGUCUUACUACUAUCCCCAGGACCACACACCAUGAUGACUGAAACCUGCUGUGAUUAUUACAUUGCUGCCCCCUAAAUGAAGUCCCUCUCUCAGUAUUUAUACCUGGAGAUAAGUACUUAAUGGUGGAUAGUAAAUAAGAAAGAGGAACAGGGAGGGGGUAGAGAACAGAUACAUUAACUAUAGGGGGGAAAUUGCUGCCAGCGUUGCAGAGCAGAGCGGCACUGCAACACAGAAUUUCUUGUGCUUGACAAUUCCCCGAGCCUAAUAGAAGGUAAGAGCCUGAGGCUCCCUCCAGAAAAAGAAAAUGUGGGCUUUACUCAGCAGUUGGGAGAUCAACUGGCUGCCCGGACCAAACUGGAAUCUUUUCAGUUUUAAAAUGAGGUCAGAUACAUUUUGGUAGGCUGCCUCCUCCCAUGAGCUGAUGGGUACCUUAGGCCUGUGGUUUCUCACUCCUUCCUUUAAAAAAGGUUUGCCCUUGCUGGUGUGGCUCAGUGGACUGAAUGCCGGCCCUGAGACCCUAAAGGCUGACAGUUUGGUUCCCAGUCAGGGAAUUUGCCUGGGUUGUGGACCAGGUCCCUGGUUAGGGGCAUAGAGGCUACCAAUCAAUGUUUCUCUCUCACAUGGAUGUUUCUCUGCCUCUCUUUUCUCUCUCUCUCCCCCUUCUCUAAAA